UUUUUUUUUUUUUUUUCUUAAAUUUUUUUUCAGCACACGUCUCAAAUACAAACAAACAAAAGGCAAACUGUUUCAUGUCGCCUAAAUGCUCUGGUUUCCCUGCUUUCAGUUUAAUUUUGUGUGACAUCGUCUGUUUUCAUAGCAAAAAUGCAAAUAAAAAAUCCGGCCUUUAAUUGACCUUACUUUGGAAUCUGUGUGUCGCCGAGUUCGGCUGUAAAAGUCAAACGUUUGUGAAAUAAUUGAAUGGAAUACUUGAAGUCACGUGGAAUUCCUCAGAAGGCUCCUUGAGGGCAGCUCUUCUCUGGAAGUGAUGCUUCCUUGCUGUGGGACCGCCCCCUGCUCCAGCUGCUGUAUAAAGCUCAGGUGGAGUUUUACCUGUCAGAUUAUACACAGCAGAGAGGAGGGAAGCAGCCUCACCACUUUCAAAAAAGUGAGUGUUUUUAUUCUUGCAUGUUUGGUGCUUUAAAAAAUAACUUAGCUGCUAUAAUUCCACUCUAAACUGUUUUCACUGAGCUGUUUUUGUGCUCUUCCUCUGCAGGCCUCUACUCCGUCAAGAUGCCACAUCUUCCUGAAACCAGCGUGCCCCCCCAGGAGGACCUGAUCUGCUCCAUCUGCUGUUACAGAUACUGUCGCAAAACUCGCCUCCCCCGAGUCCUGCACUGCAGCCACACCUUCUGUGCUGUCUGCYUGGAGAACAUAAGCAGCCGCUGUAACGUCAUCCACACCGCCCGCUGCCCGCUGUGCCGCUGGACCACCUGCACCCCGUCCGCUCUGGAACUGACCCAUUACCUGAACAUCGACACGGAAAUAUGGGACCAGAUUACAGCUGAGACAGAACCGCUGUGGGUUUUAGAGGACGUAGAGGUGGAAAAGGACACCAACCCAGAGCCGAAAAGAAAGGAUUUUAAAAGCAAACUCCAGCAGUUUUUCCAGAGGUCUGUAGCUGUUGGGGACAGGAGAGGAUGGAGGAUCAGCACCAAUCAGUUUUGAUCAAAGCUUGUGUGACGAACGAGCCAACGGGCUGAGGACUUGAAGUGUCAUCAUGUGAAGUUCUGGACUCCUUGUUUCUGUCAUGAUCCUGACCAGACUCUAACGUUUUUGUUUUACUCAUCAGCACUUUAAAGUACAACAGGACCAAAGUGCUGCGUGGUAAAUGUCAACAUUUCAGGAGAGAUCAAAGCCAAGAUUUAAAAUCUGACGGCGAGGAAGUAAGGAGCAGGUUGUAAACAAUGCUGUAAAGUUUUUAUUUAUCACAAAUAAACUGAGGAAACAAAUUUUGUAAAGGAAUAUUUAAGCACGUGUUGUAAUAUUUAAGUGUGUUUUUGUUUYAAUAAUUUUAAAUUAUUGUACUUUUUAAAUAUAUUAUAAACUGUUCUAGGAAUGACAUCCUUGACUUUAUGUUUUAUAUCAUCUAUGAAUGAAAACCUCUUUGGUACUGACUGUUAAUGCUCUUUUGAUUCUGUUAUUUUAUUAAUAAAAUAAACUAAAUCAAG